AUGGAGAACUUCCCCCCGCCCUCAAACAGCACCGUCCCCCUCAGCAUGGCAGCCAACCGCACAGCCUCCUCCACCCUGGCCUCCCUGUCCCGUUACUUCCUGCACCAGCGCUGGGUGUGGAACGUGCAGAACAGCCAUGGACUGACUGUGGCCAUGCAGGCGGUCGCUCACAUCCUGUCCAUGCUCUCUGAGAUUCGCAUCUCAGAGGGCUUUCACUUUGCGGCCACUGGUGAGGGCAUUGUGAACAUGGUGAUCGAGCUUCCAAUGAAGGCUGUCUCAGGGGAGACUGACAGAGAGAGUCACUCCUGUAUCAUUCAGUACAUCCUGUUUCCACCUCACUCUACAUCCACCAAGGACAG